AACGCGUUUUUGCCAUUGGGUUAUUAUUUGGUCCUCCUCAGCACCCGUCAGCAGCGCCUCUGCGUCCGCGCACCCGGAAACUGAGCAGUGCGACAAAAGCAGCGCUUUCUGCAGGAAUAAACACAUCAGUGAAGAAUCAUGUCUGAUAAAAGUGAGCUGAAAGCUGAGCUUGAGCGAAAGAAACAGCGCUUGGCUCAGAUAAGAGAGGAGAAGAAGAGAAAGGAGGAGGAGCGCAAGAAAAAAGAGGCUGAGCUGAAGAAGGAGGCUGUCCCGCCGCAGGAUGAUUCAGACCUGGAGAAAAAGCGCAGGGAGGCUGAUGCUCUGCUGCAGAGUAUGGGCAUCACACCAGACACUCCUGCGGGUCCCACACCCAUGUCUCCCACGGCCAAAUCUACAGACACCCCGAGUGAAGCAGGGAGCCAGGACUCAGGAGAGGGGGCCACGGGGACGAGGACUCUGCACUGGGACUGUGACCCCUCUACCCUUCUGCUUCACUCUGAGCCGGGACGUGGUCCUAUGAAGUUGGCCAUGGUGAAGGUGACCCAGGUGGAUUUCCCUCCCAAAGAGGUGGUGUCCUACACAAAAGAGACACAGACGCCCACUGUGACAGAGCAGAAAGAGGAGGAAGAUGAGGAGGAAGAGAUCCCACCGCCGCAGCCUGAGGUCGAGACAGAGAAAGAGAAACCAACAGAGAAACAAGACGAGGAAGCGCCCCCUCAUGAGCUAACAGAGGAGGAGAAGCUGCAGAUCCUGCACUCGGAGGAGUUCAUGGAGUUCUUCGAUCACAGCACACGCAUCAUGGAGCGCGCUCUGUCCGAACACGUGGAUGUUUUCUUCGACUACAGCGGCCGAGACAUGGAGGAGAAGGAGGGUGAGAUGCAGGCUGGGACCAAACUGUCUGUAAACAGAAAGUUUGUUGAUGAUCACUGGUCCAAACAGCGGGUGGUGACCUGUCUGGAUUGGUCCCCACAGUAUCCAGAGUUGCUGGUCGCCUCUUACAACAACAACGAGGAAGCACCGCAUGAGCCCGAUGGAGUGGCUUUGGUCUGGAACAUGAAAUACAAGAAGACCACACCGGAGUAUGUCUUCCACUGUCAGUCUGCGGUCAUGUCUGCUGUGUUUGCAAAGUUUCACCCAAACCUGGUUGUCGGUGGCACCUAUUCAGGACAGAUCGUCCUGUGGGACAACAGAAGUAACAGACGCACCCCUGUCCAGAGGACACCUCUCUCUGCCGCGGCGCACACGCACCCAGUGUACUGUGUAAAUUUGGUUGGCACACAGAACGCUCAUAACCUCAUUAGCAUCUCUACUGAUGGAAAGAUGUGCUCCUGGAGUCUGGACAUGCUGUCUCAACCACAGGACAGUAUGGAGCUGGUGUUUAAGCAGUCUAAAUCCAUUGCGGUCACCUCCAUGUCCUUCCCUCUGGGUGACGUUAAUAACUUUGUGGUGGGGAGUGAAGAUGGAUCAGUCUACACAGCCUGUCGUCAUGGCAGUCGAGCAGGUAUCAGUGAGAUGUUUGAGGGGCAUCACGGUCCAAUCACAGGCAUUCACUGCCACACAGCUGCAGGACCUGUAGACUUCUCUCAUCUCUUCCUGACCGCCUCAUUCGAUUGGACCGUUAAACUCUGGAGCACCAAGAGCAACAAGCCGCUGUACUCGUUUGAGGACAACUCUGAUUAUGUGUACGACGUCAUGUGGUCUCCGGUGCAUCCCACCCUCUUCGCCUGUGUGGACGGACUCGGACGCGUCGACCUGUGGAACCUCAACAACGACACCGAGGUGCCCACUGCCAGCGUGUCUGUGGAAGGCAGUCCGGCUCUGAACAGGCUGCGCUGGUCUCAGUCGGGCAGAGAGAUCGCUGUGGGUGACUCCGAGGGACAGAUCCACAUUUAUGACGUCGGCGAGCAAAUCGCAGUCCCUCGAAAUGACGAAUGGACCCGCUUCGUGCGGACGCUGGCGGAGAUCAACGAGAACCGCGACGAUGCCGAGGAACUGGCGGCUCAGCGCCUCGCCGCUUGAUCAUCAUGAACACCUGCAGAUCUCAGAAAGCUGGAAUCGCAUCUCUCUCUGGAAAUGAUUUCUGUGUGCUUUGAAACCUUUGAUUCUGCCUUUAGUUAGGAAUACAGAUGUGAAACAUGGACCGUAGGUGCGAGAGCAGACCCCCCCGACAGCCCACGACCAGAAGCCUUAACAUUUGCAUGCAGGGUACACGUGAUGAAUGUUUCUGUUUCUAUCCAGGCAUCUCUGCGCAUGCUAAACUCCCAGCUUAUUAUGCACAGCCAAAUAUGAAAUGUCUCCUUAAACCUCUGUCUGGAUCCACCAAAUUUUUUUUGUAUAAAAAUAUGAAGCAGUUUUUGUGCUAUUUUUAUGACAACUGAGCACAUUCACAUUUUAAAACUAAAAGUUUAAAGGAAUAAAUUUGCCGCCUUAUAUUUACACAGAUUUAGUAUUCUAGUGUAAUGCAGUAAAACAGAAUUGGGGUGAUGGAGUGUGCUUAAGUGCUAGAUGUCAUAAAUGGUAUAAAAUGUAAUAAAAAGUGUUUUCUUUUGAUUUUUGGGUGAAAUAUGUUUCUUCAGAUCAUCAUCUAACAUCUGUACUGUUCUCAAUACUGGCAAAACUUUUUUUUUUUUUUGCUCACAGUCCUAGAGAAUUGACGUGAUCUACCUCUUUCAGAUCUUGUCAGUGGGUCAUAUUUAUCAUCAUGCAUUGAGUCUGGUGGAGAUUUCUGCUGUCUAACUGUGGACCAAAUGCUGGAAUAAUUAAUGACUUUUAAGCGUUUCUUUUUUGUGUUUUUGUUUCUGAUAAUGAGUGAUCUUGUUCCUCUCCACCUUAGGCAGGGGCACAGUCACAUAUUUCUGAUACAUAUACAUAUACCAUGUUUAUUUUCCAACUAUCUGAACGGUUUAGUGUCUCUUUUAGAGAUCAAGGUCUUUCUCUUCCAGUGCUCCUCUGUAUGAAACGAUGUCACUUUUGCACAAUCUCUUUGAAUGUCUUUGUAUAUCUGAAUUCUUUUUCUAAACCAAAUCUUUGGUAAAUCUCUUGUAAUUUACCUUGAAUCAGUUUGAAGUCAUCCUGUAGUAUUUUGCGAGGCGAAAGUAGGUUUGCAAGGAUUUUCAAAAACGUUGAAUGUUUCCAGCAGUAUUCCUCGUGUUUAAUGGAAUGUCCAAUAAAUUCUGCAUUUGAAAUGUAACAGUAGUAAUUUAUUUCAAUAAAUGACAAUACAAUAA